UUUGUUAGCUGAUUAAAUGUUUGUUGGUCGGUUUUUAUUGUUGUAGCUCUAGCUUGCUGUGAGUACUGAUCGCUGUUAGCGCUUUAUUAUAAUACCGAGCGUAUGCCGUCUUCGACCAUUCAGUGUACGAUAUUCCGGCGCACGGUUAAGACGGUUGGAAUAUUUCAAAUUUGAAUUUCGACCAAAUCAUAGCGGUUCCGUUUAGACGAGUUAUUUGCUCUUUGCUAUCGUUCGAUACAAGUAGUGCGGAAUGUGUAUAAAAAAAAAAAACUUUCUGAAGAUACAAGGCAUGCAAUCACAAUAAAUUAUUGCUAACGUAGCUUUUAUUUGUGCCAAUAAACAAUUAAAAUAAAUUAAAAUAAAGUGAAGCGUCAAGACUUGAAAAUAUCUUACACACGUUUUAAACAUAAUUUUAUGUUUUUAAGAGUAAAAAACAACAAAAACUUAUAUAAUAAUUAAAGUUAUCUAACGUGUUUGUGUUGCAUCCAUAUCAACGGUCCGGUGACUAAAGCCGAAGGCGCACUUCUGUCUCGCGAACAGAAUAGAAGCCAGUAAAACAGAAAAUUCUAACAAAAAUAAAAAAGCAAACGUUGAUUUGUACAACUUGUAAACUAUUUUUUCGAAACACUUCUUUCACUCAACAAGUUUUCGCUAUUUUCACUACUUAUUUCGUAUACACUAACAAACAAUUUCAAAAACUCACACCAACAACAACAGCAGUAAAAUAUAUACUUCGCGAGACCAAAAAACUAAAAAAAAACGAAGGCAGCUACUAGAAUUCGCUACAACAAGCACGGCGUAUCUACGAAAACUCGGCUAUUCAAACUACAAUUGCUUCCAAGACACGUGUCUCUGUCAAAAUCAUCGACGAACGAUCUGCAGCAAGAGACACGCCCACAAAAUCAUCACGAAAAUGUAAACCAAACGUUGGCAGAGCUAAUUGCUGUACCCACGAAACCUACGCCAUAUAAAUUAAUAAAAAUUUAUAAAAUUUCCAAAAUAAUUUAGCAUUUAUAUUUUGACUUAUUGUUAACAAAUUUUGUUAAUUAAAAAAAAAAAUUAACUGUGUGUGAUAUUGUUGUUUUCAUUUGUAAUUUAGUAUUAAUUUUUAAAAGUAAACAAAAAAUAUUGAAUCCAAAGCGUCAAAAAGUAUGUAAAAAAUUAAGUCCAGAUAAAAAUCGUACAAUAUAUGUUGUUUUUUAUAAAACAAAAUAGUUUCUAAAAAUUGGCGCUUUGAGUUUCAUUUGUACAAUUAAAUAAUUGGUACACAAAACUUUAUAGCAGCAGAAUUUUUUAGUAAAAUUAAAAUUAAUUUCUAUUAAAAAAUAUUUGCCUCUGUAUUCUAGUUAAUUAAAAUUGUUAUAUAUAAAAUAAGUGCAAGACUUUCAGUGUCUCUUUACUUAAACUGACUUGCAGUUUGAAAAUAUCUUAAAAUAAUUUACAAAUUAUUGAAAGUAAUUUAAUUAUAUUAAUUAAACUUAUUUUUCAAAAAAGUUAGCAACAAACUUAUUUAAGCAUAUGAAGAUGUGCAGAGAUUUCAAUUCUUGUCUCGAAAAUUCACACAGAUUUUAGUAGCACUUAUUGUUAUAUAAACUCUUUAAAACAAACAUAAUAUAUAAAAAUAUAAAUAACAAACAAAAAACCAAAACAACGAACACAAAAUGCCGUCGCCGAGUAAGAAGCAAGCACAGCCGCAUUUGUCUUUAAUGACCAACAGCAAUGAUGACGAUUAUUUGAAAUUAGCCGAUGCCGGUAUCAGCAAUGAUGCUUUCCAAACGCCGCCAACACCACAAACGGCAACAACUAAUAUCUGCGAUAGCAUGGAAUUCAUUUCUGCCACACAAAAUCCAAAUCCAAAUACAGUGAACACUAAACACACCAAUAACACUGAUGAAUUAGUUUUAAGAAAUAAUAGCAACAAUAACAUCAACAAAAACAAUAAGAAUGACAACACACCAUACUACACCAAUAACAAUGGCGCACCACAUGGACACUAUCGAUAUACAUUGCCAUUGUCACUGACAGCGCCAUUGCCACAACCCUUGCCACCACCAAUAGCACAACAACAAGAGCAACAAUUGCAAAAAGUUCAGCAACAUGAUGAUAAAUAUAGAUUAUAUACAAUUUAUGGAAAUGACACCGACAAUGACAAGUUGUCCGGUCUCCCACAAUCGACGACUGGUUCACUAAGCUCAAUCAUCACGACGUCCAUAGCAUCCUCAGAACCAGAUCCUGGCACGGGUGGUGGUGGUCGUGGUAGCGGAGGCGGUAGCGGCGGUGGUGGUGGAGGUGGCGGUAGCAGUAUUGGCGCGUUAGAUGCGAGCAGUAUUGCCGGUGUGCCUGGUAGCAGUGAUGAGAAGUUGGCAUUAAAUCGACCGGGUAUUAAGCAGGAGAAAUGGUCAUCAAUAUUAUUGCAAGUGUCGAUACCGUUCUUUUUGGCUGGUGUUGGCACAAUCGGUGCGGGUAUUGUGCUCGGCCGUGUAGAGAAAUGGCGUGUUUUCAAAGAGAUCAGCGAACUAUUCAUACUCGUGCCGUCACUACUUGGCCUCAAGGGCAAUCUCGAUAUGUGCCUCGCAUCACGUCUCUCCACACAGGUUAAUUUGGGUAAUAUGACCUCACGCAAGGAAGUCAUCCGUAUGAUUGUCGGCAAUAUAGCAUUGGUCCAAGUGCAGGCGACGGUUGCGUCCUUUUUGGUUGCAAUAUUUGCCAUUGUUGUUGGUUUGGCGAUGGAUGGUACAUUCUUUUUUGAACAUGUUAUGCUGCUGAUCGCGUCCGCUAUGUUUACGGCGACCUCAUCGUGCUUUGUAUUAGAUUUUGUAUUAGUGGCUGUGAUAUUAUUGUCUGAGAAAUUCCAUUUAAAUCCUGAUAACUUGGCAACACCGUUAGCGGCAUCUAUUGGUGAUGUCGUUUCAAUAAGCAUGCUCUCCUUUAUUGCUUCAAUACUAUUCGAUCACAUAAAAACUCAUUUAUGGAUCACAUUUGUUAUAGUCGCUUGUUAUUUAGUGCUUUUACCCAUGUGGGUUGCUAUUGUGCUCAAAAAUAAAUAUACUCGUCCGGUAUUGAAGAGUGGCUGGGUGCCGGUACUAUCUGCGUUGUGUAUAAGUGGCCUCGGCGGUCUUGUGCUCGAUGCCUCUGUAGAAAUAUUCAACGGAUUCGUCGUAUUUCAACCAAUUAUUAACGGUAUUGGUGGUAAUUUGGUAUCGGUGCAAGCGAGUAAAAUCUCAACAAUGCUGCACCAAAGCUCAAUUAUUGGCAUUAUACCACCACAUACGAAGAUUUUCGAAUGGCCAUGGAAAGCACUGUUCAAAGGAGUUCCAUAUGCUAAAACGGCGCGCAUACUCCUUGGCAUGUCAAUUCCCGGUAAUAUUGCGUUCGUGUUUGCUGCCGAUUACAUACACAUGUCCACGUCCACGGUUACUCUUGCUUUCGUUUUAUCUUAUCUGACGGCGAGUUUAAUUCAGGUUAUGUUACUGCUGUAUAUUGCCCACGUUAUUGUACAUGCAAUGUGGAAAUGGAAAAUCGAUCCCGAUAACUCAUCGAUUCCUUAUCUGACUGCGCUGGGCGAUUUGCUGGGUUCAAGUUUAUUAGCGCUGUCUUUCUUCUUCCUGCUUUCGAUUAAUCAAGAAUACGGCACCGAACUAAAUGAACUUAAUGCCUCGAACUGAGAGCGAGAAAAUAAGCGCCCCAAAUAAAUUACAUACACAUGUUAAUAAAGGAGAGAGGGGUGUGAGGCUUCAACGUUUAAAAUAAAACACAAAACACAACAAUUAAAUGAAAGGCUUUAAAGUGAUAAACGAAAAAUUAUUGAAAAGAAGAACAUGAACAGUUUCCCAAGCCGAAGCGUGGUAAAGCAGCAACAAAAUGCAUAUAUUUACCUACCAACCUUCAGUACGUACCUAAAGAGCAUUAAUUUAUUUUUUUAAGCCAAGCCAUAAAUAAUAACCUUAUAAAAUAAAACAUGAAAAAAUAAAAUAACAUUAAAACGUUAAAAAUCGAUGAUUUUAAUAUAAGUAUGUGUAUUUAUGUAAAAAGUUAUUAAAUAUUAUUAAUUUUCAAUAUUUAUAAUUUUAAAACGAAAAGUGGAACUUUGGGGUAGAAAAUAUGAAAACGAAAGGGGUACAAAUGAAACAAACUGCAAGUCCGAAUAUUUGUAAUAACUGUAAAAAAUAUGUAGAAAUGAAAACAAUUUAUAAGCAGAAGAUAACAAAACAAAAAAACAAUAGCAAGGCAAGUAUGUGUGUAUAUACGGGUAGGUUAAACGAAUUAUGAGCGAAUUUAUAUGAAUGGCAAAGAUAUAAAAAAAAAAUCGAGUUUUGAAAUUUGCUGGAAUU